CAAGAGGGAAGAAGUCGUGUGGAAACUCUAUAAAAUGGAUCGAUAAUUUAACAUAAUUUCAAGUCCAAAGGUGUCCCAAGAAGAGAAAGACCAUUACUAGAUCCGAUCAAAUGGAGCGAAGGUUGCUAGAAGCAGCUCAAAAGGGCAAUAUCGAAGAGCUGAAUGACUUGAUCAGAAGCAAUAGGCUCAUCCUCGAGGGGAUAGCUCUCGAAGGAGCCGGUCACACGCCGCUGCACGUCGCUUGUCUGGCCGGCCAUUUGGAUUUCGUCCGAGAGCUCCUGAAGUUGAUGCCGAGGUUCGCCGAAAAAGUGAACGCGGAUGGCUUCAGUCCGUUGCAUAUCGCGGCAGCUCGAGGUGAUGUUGAGAUCGCGAGGGAGCUCUUGACAGUGGGUCGACACCUGUGCUCUGUGAAGGGACGGGAGAGAAGAAUCCCUCUGCAUUAUGCCGUCGUGAACGGGGAGCUCCAUGUCAUGAAGUUACUGCUCUCCGCUUCGCCCGAAUCCAUCGAAGAGACAACCGCCCGAGAGGAGACCGCGCUUCACCUCGCCGUGAAGAACAACCGGUUUGACGCGGUCGUUGUGUUGGUGGAGCAUCUGAAGCAGAACAAGAAGGAGCAGGUGAUCAAUUGGAAGGAACACAAAGGCAACACGGCCUUGCAUCUCGCUGCCGCCGGGAAAAAUUUCGAGGUGGUUGACUGCAUGCUUCGUGGGCUUGCUCUGGAGUACGAGGUCGUGGAAGUGAACGCCUCGAACGAGAGUGGCUCGACGCCUCUAGAUGUCUCAGCUCUCUCGCAAAGGGGAGCAGGAGAUAGAGAGAUCAGAGAUAUUCUCGCACGAGCUGGAGCCAAGCACGGAAGAGGAAGAUCAAACUCGCCCGCUUCCAGACCAGUCUCGGCCGCGGACGACGAUGACAUCGAGGGAGCUAACAGUCAACAAUCAGAUAGGGAACCAGUCACAAAUGCUCCUCCAUCAUCAUCACAUUUGCAAUUGAAAGAUUUGAACAAAGAUAGAGAGUCCUUGGGCGACAUACGCAACGCCCUGCUGGUUGUCGCCGCGCUCAUCGCAAGCACUACCUAUCAAUCCGUGCUUCAGCCUCCAAGCAUCAUGAAAGUUGACAAUGCCGAAGGAACUACUCCCGUGUCAUAUGGGAGUCCAGCUAAUUGGGUCCUGGUGUACAGCCUCUUCGUGGGCGGCAACACAUUAGGGUUCUUGGUGUCGGUCCAGAUGCUCAUUUGCCUCACCAAAGAUCUCCCCGUCAAGCUGCCGCUUAUGCUAUCCCUGAUCGCAAUGGUUCUAACUUACUUUUCCUUCACGCUAUCCCUGCUGGUCCAGUUAAAUGGUGGCCUGGAACACUUUAGUUUGCUGCUCCUGACGCCGCUCGUGAUAUCAGUUUUUCUUCUACUGAUACAGAAGUGGUUGGCGGUAGCGAUAGAUCCUCUGUUGGGACUGCUUUUUCGAUUUAACCUCCUAGGUGGUAUGUACAGUCUAAAAAGGAGUAAGGAACAAAAUCGUGGUUGUUAAUGAUGGUAUUUCUCUUUCCUUGUGGUUGACUGGCUGAGCUAAGACAUGCAAGCCUUUAGCAGUAUAGUAUUGGAGUUUGUUCGAUGAGGUCAGAUAUUAGAUUGAUGUCCUUGAUUCUCUGCAGUUGAGUGUGUGAUGUCUGCAAGUAAUACGCACCGUAUCAUAUUUCCCUAAUAAAAUUUGUCCCGAGUUUUUAUCA